UGGCGGCGGCGGCAGCCUCGGUAGCGGCGGCGGCGUUAGCGGUAGUAGCGGCGACGACUUGCGGGGGGACCGAGCCGCGGCCUGUGCAGCGUGCUGAGACCCUCGCGGCCACCCUCCCGCCGGGAUGCCUGGGGAACAGAUGGACCCUCCUGAGAGUCAGGUGGAUUCAGAUUUCUCCCAGCAAGGGACACCUUGCCUGAUCAUCGAAGACUCCCAACCUGAAAGCCAGGCUCAGGAAGAUGAUUCUGGUUCUCACUUUAGCGUGCUAUCCAGGCACCUUCCCAAUCUGCAGACCCACAAAGAGAGCCCUGGGCCGGAUGUUGUGGCAGACCCUGAACAAACAGCUGGAGAAGAAAAAGGAGACAGUAACAAUGAGUUCAUGGAAGGCAUGAAAGAACACAAAUCUGCAGAUUCUUCUUCUUUGGACGCAGGAAAUACCAGAAGUCAGAUCAUUGAACUUUUGCCUCAGCCCAGUAGGGAAAGCAGCAGCAUCCUUGGGAUAACAGUAGUGGCUGAUUCUACUGCAGAGGAAGAGGAGAAGGAAGAAGAUCCUGCAGAUUGUACUACGCAUUCGGUUGGUGCUGAAGAUACUGGUUCAUCACAGUUGGGCUUUGGGGCCUUGGAGCUCUCACAGAGCCAGGAUGUUGAGGAGCAAACUAUACCAUAUGAAGAAGACAAAGAACAACAGCUGCAGCCAGAAACCAAGGAGUCUAAUCCUCUCAACCUCUCUAAUGUAGAUGCAAAUAUCGAACCUGAAGAGGAUAAACACGAAGAUCAUUCCAUUGAAGAUAUACAAGUGGCAGUCCAGCAAGACACAGAGUCUGAGAGGUCAGAGAAUAUGCCUUCUAUUCCACAAAUACCUCUUACCUAUAUGGAAGCCAAGAUCCAACUUUCUGCCCAGGAACUGCUGGAAGGUGAAUUGCAAGUUCAGAAAUCACCUGAGUCUGAGAUUUUGUCAACCCAGGAAGACAUGUUUGAGCAGAGUAGUAGAACAGCUCCUGAUACUUGCCCUGCUCCAAACAUGGAAGAUGGGUAUUCGUUGGCUUCCACACCAGCUACCACUUUGAAACUUCUGCAUCUCUCUGGCCAAGGUUCUCUUAUGCAGGAGAGUGCCACUACGAGUUCACCAGAUGUUGUUGCUCCUUCACCAGAUGCUUUCCAACCUACCCCUUUUAUUGUCCCUAGCAGUCCAACAGAGCAAGAAGAAGUAAAAGAUGAGCCAAUGGACAUGUCAGUAAUGCCUGAGGAGGAAGAAGAUGUUCUAAAGAACUCCCUGGAAGAAGAAGCAAUGGAGGUAGAAAAUCCUCCCCCUGAACCAACAGUGCUUCCUCAAGCCUCAACACCUGUAUCACAGAGUACACCCCUCUUCACCUCUGAGCCACUUCCUGUCCCAUCACAGCCUGACUUUUCUCAUGACAUUUUUAUUCCAUCUCCAAGUUUGGAGCAGGGACCAAAUGAUGAAAAGAAUACUGAAGAUAGAUGCAAUUCCUCUCUCACAGUGGAGUGCUCCAAGACUUCACAGAAUGAGGAAGAGAAUCCCACUGAGGAUCUUGGACAGUCACUGACGGGAGAAUCUUGUAAGUUGAUGCUUUCUGCAAGUGAUUGUAGUCAGUCUACAAAGAUGGAGAGUUUGACCUCUCAGCAAAUUGAUGAAGAUGGUAAAAACACACAGAUUGAAGACACUCAACCUGUAUCUCAGACUCUGGAAUCUAAAGUUUGUCCCACAGAAGAUUCUAGUAUACCAGUGAGCCAAACAAAAGACAGUCAAGAAGAGUUGAAUGAAAAUUGUAAAAAGACGGAAGAAGAUGAUAUAAAAACUACAGAUGAAACCAUCAUUUCAGCCACUGAAUGCAAAACCAGAGAAGAGAUGGAGCAUGUUUGUGUUGGUUUCACAUGUGAUUCAGAAAGCCAAGCACUUCUUUCUGAGGCUCUUCCGUCUGAGGCUCUUCCGUCUGAGGCUGUUCUGUCUGAGUCUCUUCCAUCUGAGGCUCUUCCAUCUGAGGCUCUUGCAUCUGAGGCUGUUCCGUCUGAGGCUCUUCCAUCUGAGGCUUUUCCGUCUGAGGCUCUUCCAUCUGAAGCUCACUUAAAUGCAUUAGAUCAGGAGGUCUCUAUGGAGGCUAAAGAAUGUCACACAGAGGAGAGGUCUUCAGUUUCUGAGGUUGAAGAAAUUCCUGAAACCCCUUGUGAAAGUCAAGAGGAUGAACAGAAAGAAGAGAAAGAAAACAGGGAGAGUAGCCCAGUCCAUCUCUGUCUGACUCAGACUCAGUCACCAGGAUUAUGCCUUCAAGAGAAAAUCCCAGAUCAAGAGUGCCAAGAAGCUAUGGAAGUUAAUACCAGUGUUAGUGGCAAUGAUUCUCCAAAAAAACUGCAAAUGUAUGAUGAAGAAUUAGAACAGAAGGACCAAGAGGCUUGGGAGGAGGCCCCUUCAGAAGGCUGUGGUGUCAUUAUAGAAGAGAAAGUCACAAAAGAUGAGUCCCCAGCUGACGUUCCCUCUCAACCUGUUGUGGGAGGAGCGGGACAUGAAGUUACCCAUUCUUGUGUGGAUGUUGAUCCAGGAAUAGAAUCAUGUGCUAAGAACAGUCUAGAUGCUAAGGGAGAGAAGAGCCAAGAAUCUGAAAGGGAUCUGAAAUCACUGAUUGAAGAGGAGAACCCUCAGCAAUCUCCAAUUUCUUUAGAAAGAGUAGAUGAUAUACUGAGAACUGAACAGGAGGAGCAGCAGCCACAGUCUCCAGAGAAAGCAGACAAUUUGUUAAUAAAACAUUCACAAAUGGAUACUGUAGAGGAGUCUGGAAGUGAAGCAAAGGCCCAGCAGCUUGAGAAAGCAGCUGACCACAGUCCACAGAGCCCCUGUGAAAGCUCCAAUGAAACACCAUUUCAUUUCACUUUGCCUAAAGAAGAUGAUGUUAUCCCACCGUUGACCAAUACAACCCCACCUUUGAUUGGGCAUCUUAAAUUAGGUCCAAGGAGACACAGUACUCCUAUUGUUGUGGAUAGCUAUUCAGAGAGCCCCUUAGCAACCAGUGAUGUCAUGGCUGAAAGUUCUGUGGGGUCCAAUGAUGUUACUGUUGAGAGUGAAAAAGGGGAUUCCAGAGCUGUCCCAGAAGUGGAUGAAAAAUUGUGUCUGAGAAUGAAACUGGUCAGCCCUGAGAGUGAAGCAAGUGAAGAGUCCUUGCAAUUUAGUUUGGAAAAGCCUGUAAGUGGUGAAAGGAAAAAUGGAUCCACUGCUGUUGCUGAAUCUGUUGCCAGUACUCAGAAGACAGUGUCUGUGUUUAGCCGUGUCUGUGAAGUUCGGCAGGAUGAUGAGGCCAAAGGCCAUGAUGUCCCAUCAGAUCUCAUCAGGGGAGAUUUAGUCAAUUUCCCAAGCACUCACGAAGCAGAAGAUGAAAAAAUGGAAGAUGACCCUAGCCCCUGGCCAUGCCAACAACAGCCUAUCAAGCACACUUCUCAUGUUGAUGCCCCUAUUUCCCCAGCUGCACAACAGACUGUCACGCAAGUGCCAUCCAGUCCAAAAGGAGAUACCGUGGAGAUGAAUGUGGCAGGAGAUAAACAAGAAGAAUCAAAAACCAGUCAGGACAAAUCCAGUAAAGUCUUGUCUAUAAGCCCAGGAACCGGAGGGGAAAGCAUUUGGCCCAAGACAAAUAACAAAGAAGUCCAGACAACAGAACAUUCCCUUUGGGCUCCAACUGUUGUUUCAGUAGCAACACAGACCACGAAAGGAGUGUGUGAACAAGUAGAGGUGGGAACCAGCAUGGCUGACCAGAACCUUGGGAAACAAGAUGCUAAGGUACAGACUGAGAGGAGGAAUGCGGAGAAACCUACAAAUGUCUCAGGAGAUGAUACUGACUCUUUGCAUAGCCAGGGAGAAGAAGAAUUUGACUUGCCUCAGCCCCCACCUGGCCAGGUCUUGCAUCGCCACAUGCGAACUAUACGUGAAGUACGCACGCUAAUUACACGUGUUAUCACUGAUGUGUAUUAUGUAGAUGGCACAGAAGUGGAUCGAAAGGUGACUGAGGAGGCUGAAGAACCAGUGGUGGAGUGUCAAGAGUGUGAGACUGAAGUCUCUCCAUCGCAAACUGGUGGCUCCUCAGGAGACCUAGGGGAUAUCAGCUCUUUUUCCUCCAAGGCAUCCAGCUUGAACCGAAUGUCAAGUGGAGCAAGCAGUGGCCUCUCAGCUGCACAUAGCAGUAGCAGCUCAGGGAAGGGAGCUGGACUUGUCAAAGGGAAAACAAGUGGGCCAGAACCUGCAGAUUUUGCCUUACCCAGCACUCGAGGAGGCCCAGGAAAACUGAGUCCUAGAAAAGGGGUCACUCAGAUAGGGGCACCUGUGUGUGAGGAGGAUGGUGAUGCAGGCCUUGGCAUCAGACAAGGAGGAAAAACUCCAGUCACACCUCGUGGCAGAGGGCGAAGGGGCCGCCCUCCUUCUCGGACAACUGGAACCAGAGAAACAGCUUUGCCUAGCCCACUUGGUGUUGAGGAUAUCUCAACAAGUGUCUCACCAGAUGAUAAACCCUUCACUCGCAUUGUACCCCGUAUGCCAGAUGCCAACAAACGAGCAGAUGGCAGUACUGGAGUCUUACGCCGCAGCGACUCUCCAGAGAUUCCUUUGCAGGUUGUUGCUGGCCCGUCUGACGGCCUAGACUCCUCUUCUCCAGGAAACAGCUUUGUAGGGCUCCGAGUUGUAGCCAAGUGGUCCUCCAAUGGCUAUUUUUACUCUGGGAAAAUAACACGAGAUGUUGGAGCUGGGAAGUAUAAGCUGCUUUUUGAUGAUGGGUACGAGUGUGAUGUGUUGGGCAAAGACAUUCUGUUGUGUGACCCUAUCCCGCUGGAGACAGAAGUGACAGCCCUUUCGGAGGAUGAGUAUUUCAGUGCAGGUGUGGUAAAAGGACACAGAAAGGAAUCUGGGGAAUUAUACUACAGUAUUGAAAAAGAAGGCCAAAGGAAAUGGUACAAGCGAAUGGCAGUUAUCUUAUCUUUGGAACAAGGGAACAAACUGAGGGAGCAAUUCGGGCUUGGUCCAUAUGAGCCAGUAACGCCCCUCACCAAGGCAGCAGACAUUAGCUUGGAUAAUCUGGUGGAGGGUAAGCGGAAACGACGAAGUAACCUCAACUCCCCAGGCACCCCCACUACCUCCAGCAGCAGUGCCACCACCACUCCUCCACGUAAAGCCCUUGAAAGUCCUCGAGUUUCCAUGGGACUUCUCUCUGGCAAGAGGAAACUGAUAUGCUCUGAAGAAGAUCGAUCCCCUGCCAAGCGAGGCCGCAAGUCUACCAUGAUAAAACCGGGUACUGUGGGAGUAGGAGAGUUUGUGAGUCCAUGUGAGGGUGGAGACAAUGCUGGAGAGCCAUUAGCUUUGGAAGACCAGAGGGGACCAUUGCCCCACAACAAGACCUUGUUUCUGGGCUAUGCUUUUCUUCUCACCAUGGCCACAGCCAAUGAUAAGCUAGUCAGCCGCUCUAAAUUGCCAGAUGGUCCUACUGGGAGCAGUGAGGAAGAGGAGGAAUUUUUGGAAACUCCCCCUUACAACAAGCAGUAUACAGAGUCCCAGCUUCGAGCAGGAGCUGGCUACAUUCUUGAAGACUUCAAUGAAGCCCAGUGUAAUGUGGCCUAUCAGUGUCUUCUGAUUGCGGAUCAGCAUUGUCGGACUCGGAAGUACUUCUUGUGCCUUGCCAGUGGGAUACCUUGUGUGUCUCAUGUCUGGGUCCAUGACAGCUGCCAUGCUAACCAGCUCCAGAACUAUCGAAAUUACUUGCUGCCAGCUGGAUACAGUCUCCAGGAACAGAGGAUACUGGAAUGGCAUCCCCGUGAGAAUCCUUUCCAUAAUCUGAAAGUCCUUUUGGUAUCUGACCAGCAGCAAAACUUCCUGGAACUCUGGUCUGAGAUCCUUAUGACUGGGGGAGCAGCCUCAGUGAAGCAGCACCACUCAGUCGCCCAGAACAAAGAUGUUGCUUUGGGGGUAUUUGAUGUUGUGGUGACAGACCCCUCGUGCCCUUCUUCGGUGCUUAAGUGUGCAGAAGCAUUACAGCUGCCUGUGGUGUCACAAGAGUGGGUUAUCCAGUGCCUCAUUGCUGGGGAGAGAGUUGGAUUCAAGCAGCAUCCAAAAUAUAAACAUGAUUAUGUCGCUAACUAAAGAUGCUCAGCCCCAUCAAUUUCAUUCCCUGCUAUUGUGAAGACUGUGUUUUAACCAGGUUUUAAAUGUGUCUUGUGUGUAACUGGACUUCAUGCAUGGAUCAUUGUAUAUAGUUUUCUUUGCUGGACUUUUAUGACAAAAUAAAUGUUGAAUCUCUUUGGUUGUAGUAACUGA